AUGUUUAUUGGAAUAUUUGGCUUUCAGGCGCGUCAUCCACAGCUUCUUUACGAGAGUAAAGUCUACAAGAUCCUGCAAGGUGGCGUUGGCAUACCGCACAUUCGUUGGUAUGGCACCGAAAGGGAGUACAAUGUGCUAGUGAUGGAUUUGCUAGGACCUUCGCUGGAGGACCUGUUCAACUUUUGCAGUCGUCGUUUUACGAUGAAAACCGUGCUGAUGCUUGCUGAUCAGAUGAUCGGCCGAAUUGAAUAUAUUCAUCCGGACAAUUUCAUGAUGGGAAUUGGACGACACUGCAAUAAGUUGUUCCUGAUUGAUUUUGGAUUGGCGAAGAAAUAUCGCGAUUCGCGCACUCGAGCACAUAUACCGUAUCGGGAAGACAAACAGAAAAAUGUUGACGGAGGAUCGUUUCAGAAUCUGACCGGCACAGCACGGUACGCUUCUAUCAAUGCGCAUCUCGGAAUUGAACAGUCGCGAAGAGAUGAUAUGGAAUCACUGGGAUAUGUUCUGAUGUAUUUCAACAAGGGAACACUGCCAUGGCAGGGUCUGAAGGCAGCAACGAAGAAGCAAAAAUAUGAAAAAAUUAGCGAGAAGAAAAUGUCAACGCCAGUUGAGGUAUGA